CUCAGUGAAUCAUGUGGACCAUAACGUCGGAUGUAAACAAGAAAAGCUCCACGAUUGCCUGAUGAGUAAAAUAUCUUAAAAUAACUUCUAUUCACCUUGGCAUUUCACCACAUUCCAAUCACGAGAAAUGGCGGCACGUGAAAUAGAUGUCACUGAAAUUAAAUCGGCGAAAAUUGCAACUGACAUGGAUGCAACGCAAUCGAAAAACGAGAAAGAGCAGACGACAAGAAGUUUAGAGGAAGAAGAAUUAAAUGCCAAAUCGUUUACGUCGGCUUUACGAGAGAAAUAUUGUUUUGAUAAUUACACACCAAGUGGUUCUUGUAUCAUACAGUUUCAUUCAAAGGCUUCUAAAGAUGGAUCCAAAGCUGAGCUGUCACAUUUGAGAAAUGUGGAUUUGAGUGCAACUGGUCUGGUAUGUGCUGGUUUACCAAAUGAUGGCCUGGCAUCUUUAUGUCCUAAUAUAGUAGAUUUAAAUAUAUCCUGGAACAAUCUUGAUGCUUGGAAUAAAAUAUUACCUAUUUUAUAUCAACUACCGUAUCUACAAUAUGUCAAUUUGUCUGGAAACCAGAUUAUUUCACAUCAGCAAUAUUUGGAUGAAUUAGAAAAACCGUUAGAGAGUAUCCAGAAUUUGGUGUUAAAUCAUACCAACAUUUCUCUAGAAGAGGUUUUAAAAUUAACCAGAAUUUUACCAUCACUUAAAGAAUUACAUAUCUGUAAUAAUGGGUACAGAGAAUUAUGUUGUAUAGAAGACAAUACACUGAAAAAUAUAGAAUGUUUGAGAGCAAAUAAUAACCAGUUAAAAAGUUGGUCUGAAGUAUGGAAAUUACGUCACCUGAUGAAUUUACAGUCUCUGAUUCUCUCUGGGAAUCCCCUUCAAGAUGUUUUUUAUGAUCAUCAAUGCUGCGAAAAUGAAACAGCUUGUAAUGAUAAUGACAGCACGGCAUCUCGAGACAGUGGUAAUAAUACGUUGCAAGACCGUGAUACUUCUAAUAAUGACAGCACGACAUCACAAGACAAUGGUAAUAAUACCUUGCAAGACCGUGAUACUUCUAAUAAUGACAGCACGGCAUCACAAGACAAUGGUAAUAAUACCUUGCAAGACCGUGAUACUUCUAAUAACCAGGGCUGUGAUCAAAAUGACAUUUUUGCUCAACCUGGCUGUAGCUCAGCACUACAAACAAGUGAAAAUAAAACAACAAUUCCAGAAACUGAUAUUUUAACUAGUGAGGCAGCUGUUCGUGUAAGCUCUUCUCAACCUCAGCCAAUCGCUGCCUCCCAACACAAGUCAUGUGACACAAUACAUAGGUCCGAAGUCCAAUCAGAAAUUUUAGAAGCUUGUCAAAAUGUUGUCAGUGAUUUGUUUAAUACCGCCUGUGAGAAUUCUUUAAUCGAUAGCGAAAAUAUGGAACAGAAUUAUUUUGAAUCGGUAGAAAGAGAAGACGAAGAAGGUCAAAAUUCACAGAGUCAAAAAUCUCAAUCAACAAGUGAUGAUUCCGAUUUCAAUUCCUCUGAAAAUACGUCCUCCUCUUUAUCGGAUGUAAAAUCUGUGAAAACAAAACGUGGCUGCGAUGAUGAUUCUGAACGGAAUCGACAACGUUACGACUCUCUACAGAGUGAAGAUGGCGGAGAAGUCACUACUCGGUUGAAUCAACCAUCAACAAUAGAAGAAGAAGGUCAAAAGACGGAAGGAGAAGGGAUAAAUAAAUUGUGUAAACCAUUUAGAAAACUUCACACUUUAUGUUUAACAGAAACUAAAGUUGAUCACUGGAAACAUUUACAAGCUUUAACUCAAUUCCCUGUCUUAAAAUCUGUUCGAUUAAAGGAUACAGGUCUAUAUUGUGAUGCUAAAGAAAAGGACAGAAGAUUGUUAUUAUUAGCCAGUUUACCAAAUAUACAAAUAUUUAAUGGAAGUGAAGUGACGUCGACAGAGAGGGAAACAUCCGAGAGAUUUUUUAUCCGACAUUAUCUCGAUCACGACGAGUCUGAGAAACCUGGUCGAGUUGAACAACUGGAAAACAAACAUGGAAAACUGAGUAAGGUUGUGGAUGUGUUUAUUGGAGGUAAAUUUAAUGCAAAUCCUACAGCUACAGUCGUAUUUUAUCACAACGAUCGUAAACUACUUACACAGAAGUUGAACCUUAAAGACACAGUUCAUAAAUUGUUCAGAUUCGUAAAAAGAAAAGUGAAUAUGCAUGUAUGUGCAUUCAACUUAUAUCAUUUUCCAUGUGGUUCGGGACAUGACUUUAAAACAGAUCUUGGAGAAUUUCCUGAGAAGGAGGAAUUAUUUAUAUCAUACUUACCAUUGAGUAGAUUUAAUAUUUACGACGGAGAUGAGAUUCACAUUGAAUCACCCAAAUCAUGGGAUACGGCCUCACAUUGAGUCAACUGGCGUGGUUUCGAAUCCCGGGUUGUAUGUGACAAGGAGUAGGGUUGCCUGUCCAACAUUGUGGGUUUUCUCUGGGUCCUCUGGUUUCCUCCCACUGCUAAAGACCCCUACGAGCAAGCGAAUUAUUGAAAUAAAAAUAUGUUAGUCCCAAAAUGACCUAGUCUGUGUCGAGGAGUGGGGGUUUAACCCCAUUUCUCUCUCUCUCUCCAAAAUCAUUGUAUUGAUAUAAACAAUUCAAUCUUUAAAUACAGUAAUGUCCCAGAUGUCAAGUCUUCAUUACAGUAUGCCACCUUGUCUCAGAUGUCAUGUUUUUAAUACAGCAUGCCACCAUGUCUCAUAUGUCAAGUUUACAAUACAGCAUGCCACCAUGUCUCAGAUGUCAUGUUUUCAAUACAGCAUGCCACCAUGCCUCAGAUGUCAUGUCCUUAAUACAGCAUGCCACCAUGUCUUGCAUGUCAUGUCUGUAAUACAGCUAUAUUAUUUAUCUUAUUAAACAUUGUGC